GAGGCGGCGUUGUCCCUGACCGAGCGGCGGGAGCGAGGGCUCAGAGAUGGGCAGUGAGAAGGAGCUGAGUCCGGAGCCGCCCCUGCCCGAGGAAGGGGAAGGGGGUAAGCCUCAGCGCGUGGACAGCUCCCAGGGUUCUCGGAUCGCACCUGGGAAGGAGCAUGGGCAGGAGAGCCUGCCAAAGGGACCACGCGGAACCCAUCUGAAAAGGCUGUGGCAGGAGGCCAGUGGCCCAGCUGGAGGGCCUGGGGACCCCAUUGCUCCUCCAAAGCCCGGGGCCGAUGAGAAGCCCUUCAUCUGUUUCCAGUGUGGCAAGACCUUCAACAACACCUCCAACCUGAGAACCCACCAGCGGAUCCACACGGGUGAGAAGCCAUACAAGUGUUCAGAAUGCGGGAAGAGCUUCUCCCGAAGCUCCAACCGCAUCCGCCAUGAGCGGAUCCACUUGGAAGAGAAACACUAUCAAUGUCCCAAGUGUCAGGAGAGCUUCCGGCGGCGCUCGGACCUCACCACGCACGAGCAAGACCACCUGAGCCAGCGGCCCUACCGCUGUGACAUGUGUGGCAAGAGCUUUAGCCAGAGCACGGCGCUGGCCGUGCACCGCAGGACGCACCUGGAGCCAGCACCCUACAUCUGCUGUGAGUGCGGCAAGAGCUUCAGCAACAGCUCCAGCUUCGGGGUGCACCACCGCACCCACACGGGGGAGAGGCCUUAUGAGUGCACUGAGUGCGGGCGGACCUUCAGUGACAUCUCCAACUUUGGAGCGCACCAGAGGACCCACAGGGGCGAGAAGCCUUACCGGUGCACCCUGUGCGGGAAGCACUUCUCCCGGAGCUCCAACCUCAUCCGCCACCAGAAAACGCACCUGAGUGAGCAGGCUGGGAGAGACUAGCUGAAGGAGAGACCCCAUGGUCCCACCAUAGUGGAGGAAGGAGGCCUUUCGGAUCUGCUGCUGCCACCUUGGCCAAAAUCCUUUCAUCCACUUCCUAGAAUGGUUCCUUGUUGCCUCUGAAGUCAUGGUCUCCAAGAAAUCCUUGCCUCUUCCCAGUUUUUUUCCUUGGAAAAUCAGAGGACCCAGCCUUAACUUCACCUCCCUGUGGGUGAAAGAAGCAGUAGAGGCUCAUGUCAUUGGGGCAGCUGCUCCUGGCUUUUAAAAUGCCUGAGAGAUGGCGUCACUGUGCUCGGGGCUCCAAAUGAUCCAGGGUGCUGCAGCUGUCUGCUACUUCCACUUGCCGUGUCCCAUCUGGGGUCAGCUUCUAGAGCCAUUGGCUAGGAGCUUGCCUUCUAAUGAAGGGAUCUCUGAUCUGAGAAGAGGCUCUUGGCCCUGCAUUAGGAUGAAAGGGAAGCCCUCAGGGACCUAUGAUCCAGGGACCUUCAUACUCCCUGCUCUUACCUGUUCUCCUCGCCCCAAUUUACAUGUUUCCCAGUGAUUACCAGUAAAACUGUUCAAUUAAAA